AUGAGGGUAGAGGGGGCCGCUGCAGCGGCGAGUGUUGGAGAGAGCGCGACAACGCGCGAAAGUCCGAAACCGGCGCACCUAACCGCGCCGGCGGCGGACGCAAUCACGGACGAGGAUGUUGACUUCUCCGUUUACCAGCCUAACGGCGUAGAGCGGGUGAAGAGACUGGCUCAGAGAAGAAAGGAGCGGGGUUGUCCAAUCCGGGACUUACCCAACCUGCCGCCUGUAUUGCAGUGGCGGGAUGUUCACGGCACGCAGCCCCGCGCUCCUACUCCUACCGGACAUGACGAAGAGGUCGGUAGAGGGUUGACGCGCUCACCUCGCGUCAUUCUGCGCGACGUGAUGCGCGAAUUCUCAAUACCGCCUCCACAAGGACGUGACAAUACUACCGGACGAGACAAUGAGGACUGGCCCGCGGACUCCGACGAUACUGCCUCAGACGUAUCGAUGGACUCCGAGGGCCUGCCUACAAUACCGGCUAGGACGCACCUUAAAAGGCGCAACUCGGACGACGACAUGGAGCCGCCCAUCAGUAAAGGGGCGGUGCCCAAAGCAAAGAAGGGACGUGGCCGGCCACCAACAACCGGCCAAUACGUCGGCUUUGGAAAAGCUCAGGCGGAGCUGAACAAGGAGAAGGAGGAGGAACGCCGGGCUGCCUUCAGGGCGAAAGUCGAGGAGGUAGCCCGGAGGGCACGGGAGGAGCGAGAGGCGAGGGAGGCGCGAGCCGCCCUUCGCGCAAGCCCUGCCCCGGCCGAGGACACGGAAGAGACAGGCGCGGCCCUGGCGGCAAGCGUGGAGAGGGCCUUGGAUAUGGUGACGAUGGUCGCCACAAGGUCCUCAAAUCUGAAAGGGACGUACCAGCGUGCCCUCAAGGAGGCGGUCGCAUCCAUCAAGGCGGCCGUCAAUGAGAUGAGAGGCCGCGGUCAGACGGAGGAGAUGCGGGCACUAGAGGCGCAGAACGACCGCCUCCUGCGCCAAGUAAACGCGAUGCGUCGCGAGCUGGAGGAGCUGCGCCGUCGCGUGACUGGACCCGCAACCGAUGACUUGCAGCGGAUGUUGUCGGAGGUCUCGCGUUCCAACAUCGAGACCUUCGGCAACAUGCUCAACGCGAGAAUAGCCGGAUUGGAGGACAGGCUCUUACCGGAGCCCCGAAGGAGACCGCCGCUGGCGGCGGACGGUGCUGGUACAUCAGCCGGCGCCCAACCAACAGCGGCUGCAAAGAAGACGCCGAAGCCGAAAAAGGCGGCGACGGCAAAGGCACCGGACAAGACUCUGAGGCGCUCUGACGACGACAUGGCGCCGCCCCUCAGUAAAGGAGCGGUGCCCAAACCCAAAAGAGGAUGCGGCCGCCCGCCAACGACCGGACAAUAUGUCGGCUUGGCGAAGGCACAGGCCGAUCUGAAUAGGGAAAAGGAGGAGGCCCUUCGACUCCAGGCAGAGGAGGAGGUAGCCGAGGCGGCCAGGGCGGCGCGAGAGACGCGUUCUUCGCUCCUUGCGAGCCCCGCCGCCAUGGAAGAAGACAGCGAAGUCAUAUUGGAGGAAGUUAGGAAUGAUAGCAGGAAGGAUAGGAGGGAGGGGGGGAAACUUGCAAAGGUUCCCUCGAGGAGUACUGCCCGUGCGGGUAUUACUCUGGAGGAAAUUCUGGGUACGGAAUCCAUACCCUCCAUGUCGGAAUCUGAGCUGGUCGCGACGAAGCGGCUUUUUUCGGAGCUUUCCGGCUCCGACACGGAAGGUGCUGGCGCGGGGUCUGACAAGACUGUUAAGCCCCAAGUCGCCAAGCGAGGAAAGUCUCGCGGCUCGACGAGCAGGCUCUCUGCUGCUCGUCAGGAGCUGCGAGAAAGGACCAAGGAGGCCAAGGAAGCAGAUUUUCUGGGAUCCCUUGAUGGGAGGUCCUUCAGAAAGGAGGUGACUGAGCUGGCGGAAUCUCCUCCGCCGGGGCCCCUCGACAUUGAUGUUGAGGCGAUGGGGCCAGAGGACUUGUUGCAGGCUGCCGAGAAGAAUCUCCAGGAGAUUGUCGGCAUUGCGAACAAGUCUUCCAAUUUGAAGGGUGGCUAUGCCAAUAAAAUAAGGCGGGCCACAUCAGCUGUGAGGUUGGUUUUAGACGCGCUUGGGGCGCGUACUGAAGCAGAGGAGACUCGCCGUCUCAAAGCCGAUAAUAAUCGGCUCCAAAGAGAAUUGGCGAAUCUUCGGGAGGAAGUGCGCGCCUACAAGCGCGAAUUUGAAGAAAGCCGGACUGAGGCGGCGAAAGAGAAGCGCUCUCCGAUGUCCAGUGAACAGCUGGGUGUCUUAGAGAGAAAUGUUGCUCGUUUGGUGGGCAACUUGGUGGACAAGCGUUUGGCGGCUUUGGAGGAGCGUUUGCCUCCUCUUGCCCCCAUCCGCCCACCCCUAGCAGCAGACAGAAAGAGGGCAGCUGCCCAGGAGAAGGGCGCUGCUCAUGUCGCCAGUCCGGCGCCGGUUGUUUUACCAAACCAGGAUUUCUCACCGGUGGUUUCUACUCCGGUGACACGCCGUGUGGAACGGGAGGAAUUUCCAGCACUCCCUGUGCGCCCGGAAGUGCGUUCGGCCCCUCCCCCUAAAAAGGUUAAGGGGAAGGCUAAAGGUUCGAAGUCCCAGGAGCGAACUGAAGCUGGUUCGUCGGCCUCGGCGUCGGCUGUCACUACGUCAUCGGGUGUCCCGAUUGACGCAUCAGCAUCAAUAGCAGUGACAGCGAAUCCCGCGGAGGAGUCCUCGGCCGGAUGGACAGAGGUCGUCCGCCGGAAGGCGCCAAAGAAGAAGGAACCGAUAGCAAAACCGGUGAAGAAGGCGCCUAAGGUAGUUAUGCCCCGGUCCACAGCUGUUGUGGUUAAACUUAAACUUGACUUUGUGCUGACUUUAAAAUCACGGGCCUGUCUGAUGCUGCGACGGUGGACUCUGUAA